CCGCCGCCGCCGCCGCCGCCUGAGCUGCCGGGCCCCGGGCCGCCGCGCCGACCGCUGCCGCAAUGAACAUCUUCCGGCUGACGGGGGACCUGUCCCACCUGGCGGCCAUCGUCAUCCUGCUGCUGAAGAUCUGGAAGACGCGCUCCUGCGCCGGUAUUUCUGGAAAAAGCCAGCUUCUCUUUGCACUGGUCUUCACAACUCGUUACCUGGACCUUUUUACUUCAUUUAUUUCAUUAUAUAAUACAUCUAUGAAGCUCAUCUACAUUGCCUGCUCCUAUGCCACAGUGUACCUGAUCUACAUGAAAUUUAAGGCGACCUAUGACGGAAAUCAUGAUACCUUCCGAGUGGAGUUUCUGGUGGUCCCUGUGGGAGGCCUCUCCUUCCUGGUCAAUCAUGAUUUCUCUCCUCUGGAGAUUUUGUGGACCUUCUCCAUCUACCUGGAGUCCGUGGCUAUCCUUCCUCAGCUGUUCAUGAUCAGCAAGACAGGGGAAGCGGAGACCAUCACCACCCACUACCUGUUCUUCCUGGGCCUCUACCGCGCCCUCUAUCUCGUCAACUGGAUCUGGCGCUUCUACUUCGAGGGCUUCUUCGACCUCAUUGCUGUGGUGGCCGGCGUUGUCCAGACUAUUCUAUACUGCGACUUCUUCUACCUGUACAUAACAAAAGUACUCAAGGGAAAGAAACUCAGUCUGCCAGCGUAAGUGCCAAAGACCGUCACCAGCAUCUGUCCUUCAGGGUGCUCGGACAGAAUUCUUACCACAGCAAAGGCACAAGAUGCUUGAUACGGAAAAUCAGAAACUUAACUCUUUCGUUGCAGAUAGUGAUCAGUGGCUCUGUAAGAACCCAGAGGAAAAGAACCAGAAGGUUUCUGUUUAAUGCAUCUUGCCUUAUCUUUUUUUAUUACUAUGUACAAAGAUUUUUUUACACAAAGAAACUUAAUGCUGUAUUAAUAAAUUCAGUGUGUAGCUUCAAUUGGGGUAGUUCCAAAAGUGAAGAUUUUGUGAGGAAUAAGUGCAAACUUUUUUUUUUUUAAUUCUUUGAAACUCUUGAUUCUUUGUGUCUGCAAUGAAAUUGUACUCCUUGACAGUUGGUAGAUUAUAUAUUCUUCCAUCUAUCAAAUUUGCAUUCCACUAUAUUUAUUUUUUGCCAAAAGAUGAGUUAUAUUUGUUUGAAAUCUGAGACACUAUGUUCAAUCUGGUCUAUCUUCGUUCACAUCUCUUCCCACCGAAUGUGGAAAUUCUUCCCUGGACGUCACAACACUACAUGUAAGGCCGGUAAGGAUGACUCACAAGCUUAGGGUUUUCAUUACUAAAAUUUUCAGAUUCUGAAUGUAGAUGGAGUCUCGUUUAAGAGUCACCAAAGGUGCCUGCCCCACUCUCUUGCUAAGAAGAGUGACUUUGAGAUUGUUCCAGGGGUGUCCGAGAACUUGGGGGGCAGGGCUUCUGGGCCGCUUGCCGUCUAAAUGUGGGGUGUGAGGGAUAUUAAUGAUCAGGUUGGAUCUAGGACUCUACUCCUCUGAGGACUGGAACACAAGUUAGUCACCUAUCACUUGAAUUAACAGUUCCGAAAGAUGACUACAGCCAUGUCCCUGCUCAGAUUCAGAAGGGUUUUCGUAUCACUUUCACGUGGUAAAAUGAUUUACAUUUUUUUCUUAAUUGGCAGCACCAAUUGCCAUUCCUUAUACUCUCUGAUUUUUGUUUUUGUUUUGUUUUGUUUUUACUGAGCUCUUGCAUGAUUUGUCUUGUGUUACCAUCCUGAAUAAACAUUUUAUUCAAUGUAGAAUAAAUUGUCUUUUUUUUUUUUUUUUUUUUUUUUUGUGAAUCAGGCUGUUGGAACAUCCUAUGUCAGGAUGAUUUUUUUUUCAUUUUUCAAUUGGCAACAGAAGCUCUAUAUGAGGCUGCAAACAUCUAUUGUCCACAAAUUAAUCUAAAAUUUUCUGUAUUUUGAGGGAAAAUUAGAAUUUUUCCUCCUGAUUUUGCCAUUUUAUUGAUUUGCUACAUUUUUUUGAUUUGUGCAAAAGCAAAUGACUUUGUUUUUAUGUGAUGCACCCUAAAUGUUAAAGUGUUGAAUACUAACAGUGCUUACUACAAGAAGGAUGUAGUAUUUUUGCUUGCUGCAUUAAAAUAUCUUGUGGAAGAA